GAACCAGUCGUCUUCAGUGUAACAACCCUACCUACCUCGUUUCCGGUCCUUCUGCAUCGAAUUUCAAUCAGCUUCGCACCAGUUGGUAAAUAUACCCUUUCAGCGAUGGAUUUAGAAUUGAAGAAAGCUUUCGCAGAACUUCAAAGGAAGAUGAUCAGCACGAAGCAAAAACUGCAGAUCAAGGAUAUGCAGAUAAAUCAAAUGACUCGUGUUAAGGGAGAAAAUGAGAAUACUUUGAAAGAACUAGAUAAAUUAUCGGAGGAUACGGUAGUAUACGAAUCUGUUGGCAGAUCGUUCAUUUUAACCGAUAUUAAUCAAAGUAAAGUUCAUUUAAACGCCGAAAAUAAAAACAUCGAUGAGAAAAUAACCACUUUCCAGAGUGAUAAAGUUAUUUUAAAUCGUAAUUUAACUCAGAGUCAAGAAAAUCUACGAGAGUUGGUACAGCAAAAGAAAGCAGCCAGUUGAUUAAUAUUGAAAUUUGAAUUAUCUUGUAAGAUAUGCAAAUUAUGUUGUGUAUAAUGUUGUUUAUUACAAAUUUCAUGCUUCGAACUAAACUAUUUAAUACUUAUUGUAAACUUCAUUAAUUUUAUAUUUCAAUUUUUUUCUUACCUUCAAUACAUGCAUUAUUACUGAA